AUGGAUUUGGAGCAUUUGCGGCGAAUAGGUUUGAUGGGGGCAACCAGCGGGCACAAGGAAAGGUUCUUACCAGAAGCAUCGAUUCAGCCAGCAAUGCUACGGCGGGCAGGCAAUUUGCUUAAGCUUGUCGCUGGUGGCCAAACUGGUGUCGACCAGGCGGCCCUAGCAGCUGCAACUGAAGUUGGACUGGCCACUGGUGGUUGGUGUCCAUUUGACUGCAGCGAUGAGACUGGGCCUAUUGUAGAAAAGGCAGCCGAAUGGAAUUUGGCACCAGUCACCGAAAAUAUGUGGGAGUUGUAUGGUACGUGUUUUCGUCAUCUUCCAUUGCAGGUUGACGGCCAAUGCAAGUGGGCUAGGCGUACUUUGCUGAAUGCGUUGCAUAGUAGUGGUACGGUGACCAUCUUGCCUGAAGGAGUGGUGGACGGAACACAUCUUGGCUUGGCAGUCUCAAAGGCUCUUGGCCGGCCCUAUCUCACGCUCGACCUGGAAAAUAUUGAUGCGGACACGAAUGUGUGUGUUCAGUGGAUUCGGGAAAAUUCCAUUGAGGUGCUAAAUGUGAACGGACCACGCGAGUCUUCAAGUCCUGGAAUUGCGGCAAGGUGUAUUCCCUUUUUCAAAAAGUGUUUCUCAGUGGCGAUGGUUGAAGACGGUCAGGUUGCAGCCAGCGACAUCGUUAUUACGGAAUGCUGGGAGCGACCUCGCUUCCGCUGCGAGGAAAAGCCAUCCAGCGGUUUCUCGCCAUUGUUUCUCAGCGAACCGACACUUCGGACUGCAGCGGUCAAUGCUGGGGACUACCGGCUAUAUCUGGGUGGCGGGAGCAUCAACCGAUCUUUCGGAGAUUUGCUGAAGGAGCAGCAGGGCUUGGUGUUCGGCAAGGUCUGCGAGCACUACGCAAAGCUCCACUCGGUCCUGCUCGCAGCAAGCCGUGCUGCGCGCGGCGGAGUGGUGGCGGCGCGAGAUGUCCCCGAGGCGGAGAAGCUGCUCGAGCCCCUUCACCUGUCAGCAUCUGUUGGCCAGUCCGGUGAUGCCCUCGUCGAUGACACCAUCGAGUCUGCCAGUGGCGCCGUCUUCCUGGACGUCUUCCUCGAGGCGAGGCGGCCGCUCGCGCCUGGCAAUGCGGCCAUGCUGUACGUCGUGGGGCCGAAGGGCGACAAGUGCAGGGGUCCGAGGGGCCCGGGUGCGGGGCCGCUGCUCCCCAGGGGCGAUUUCCUGGCAUCCGUCGAGAGGCUUGGGAAGAGGGCUCUCGAGCUGGUGGGUGCGUACAAUCGCGCUGGUGACGGCGCUCGAAUCGAGGAGGUCCGAUGGUGUCUCGUCAGCGGUGGCGUCUACUGCCACGGAGAUGUUUCGAAGCUCGAGGUGGCCUCGGCGACGCUCCGGGGCAUGCUGUCUGCUAAGGGCGCCAGGAGUCUCACCGUCACCUUCGCAUAUGAUGAUGACGUCUUUCGCCAGGCCUGCGAGCUGUGCUAA